AUGUCUGGGUAUACAGUAUCAUCUACAAAAUCAUAUAUGCUGGCCAUGCAACCCAUGGUUGACUCGCUUCAACAACGAAUGUUGUCCCAGCAACCACAGAAGGUACCAGCUAUGGACAAUGAGUACGGCAAAUACACACCAAUCGAAACAAUUCUAUCUAGAUUUGAAGGAAUCUCUACCAAAUCUUUCAAACGUAUGAUAGAGGGAUCUCUGUCUAAUGAUACCCAGAUUUUGAAGCAGAUUCAAGAUGAGUGUGGAAGAAUAAGUUUAGAAAGGGGUCAAGAUGAAUUGGAAACAUUCACCCUUAUCCAGUCCUUGGUUGCCGACUCAUCUAGUGACGAACAACUUCAAUCUUCACUUUUUGAUAUUUUAGGUUUUGACGAAUUUAACUUGAUUUCAAAGAUAGUCCAAAAUAAGCGAGCUUUUGCAGAGGCACGCAAAAGUGGCUUACUCUCUGCCCAGGAUAGAGCACAAUUGUUAAUUGAGAAUCAAAAACGGAACGCCAAUCAGCAAAUUUUACCAAAAUCGGAGUUUCAAAAGUAUCCCCACGUAUAUAAAAAUCAAGAUACUGUGAAUAUUGCAGCCAUCACUGGAGGAAAAUUUGCCCUUCCAAAGGGAACAACGAGAAUGUCAUAUCCCUUGAACGAAGAGCUAAUUAUACCGUACCCCGAAGAACUGCCGAACAAAUGGAUUUCUGAAAAACAACUUGUAAAAGUCAAAGAUUUAGAUUUUCUAUGCCAAGGAACUUUUAAAAACUACAAGUCGUUAAACAAGGUUCAAAGUUUGGUGUACCCUGUGGCAUACAACAGUAAUGAGAACAUGCUUAUUUGUGCGCCUACUGGUGCCGGUAAAACGGAUGUCGCUUUGUUAACAAUCCUACACACGAUUGGACAAUUUGUUACUGAGACCGUGGGCAACGACAACGAAGUCACAGUUGACAUUGACUACGAUGAGUUUAAGAUUGUAUAUGUUGCACCAUUGAAAGCUUUAGCGGCAGAAAUUGUUGAAAAAUAUUCGAAGAAGCUUCAAUGGCUAGGUAUUAAAGUACGAGAAUUGACAGGUGAUAUGCAAUUAACGAGACAAGAAAUAAUAGCAACCCAGAUCAUUGUAACUACCCCAGAAAAAUGGGAUGUUGUUACAAGAAAACUGACGGGUGAUAGUGAGUUGGUGUCAAAGGUUAAACUACUAAUCAUUGAUGAGGUACACCUUUUACACGAAGAUCGUGGUUCAGUUAUAGAGACAUUAGUUGCACGUACCUUGAGACAAGUUGAAAGCACACAACUGAUGAUUAGAGUUGUUGGAUUGUCCGCCACCUUGCCCAACUAUAUGGAUGUUGCCGACUUUCUUGGAGUAAAUAGAAAUGUGGGGAUGUUUUACUUUGAUCAGUCAUUUAGACCAAUCCCUUUACAACAGCAAGUGUUGGGUGUUCGCGGUAAAGCAGGUUCCAAAACUGCAAGAGAAAACUUGGAUAAGAUUUCGUAUGAAAAACUUUCAGAGUAUGUCAGCCAAGGAUUACAAGUUAUGGUGUUUGUGCACUCACGAAAGGAAACUGUCAAUACUGCGAGAACGUUUAUCUCAAUGGCACAGGAUCGUAACGAAUUGGGUAUGUUUGACUGUACUGAAAGUGAAUAUUACGAAAAGUAUAAACGGGAGGCGUCACAAAAGAAUAGAAGUAAAGAGUUGAGGGAGCUAUUCCCACAUGGGUUUGGAACUCAUAAUGCGGGUAUGCUUCGUAGUGAUCGAAAUUUGACAGAACGCAUGUUUGAAAAUGGUGCUAUAAAGGUACUAUGUUGUACCUCGACUUUGGCCUGGGGUGUAAAUUUGCCAGCCGCUGUUGUCAUCAUCAAGGGCACGCAAGUUUACAAUCCAAAAGAAGGUGGAUUCACCGAUUUGGGUAUUUCCGAUGUUAUUCAAAUUUUUGGACGUGCUGGUAGGCCCCAGUACGAAAAUUUUGGAACUGGUAUUUUGUGCACCACCAGUGACAAACUUGAUCAUUAUGUUGCAUUGUUGACUCAGCAACAUCCAAUUGAAUCAAAAUUGAAGGAAAAAUUGAUUGAUAAUUUGAAUGCUGAGAUUUCGUUGGGCACGGUGACUAAUGUUGAUGAGGGUGUACAAUGGCUUGGUUACACUUAUAUGAUCACCAGAAUGAAAAAAAAUCCAUUCGCCUAUGGAAUGUCAUGGCAGGAAAUUCAAGAUGAUCCGCUUCUAAUAAACAAAAGACGAGAAUUGAUUGUGUCGAGUGCAAAAAGACUUCAUGGGUUACAAAUGAUUGUGUAUGAUGAUGAAACUGGAUCUUUUAUGCCAAAAGAUUUAGGAAGAAUAGCUUCAGACUUUUACUUGCUUAGUAAUUCAGUGGAAAUUUUCAACCAAAUGGUGAAUCCUUUGGCAACAGAAGCAGAUAUAUUGUCCAUGAUAAGUAUGAGUAGCGAAUUUGACAGUAUCAAGUUUCGAGAAGAAGAAGCUAAAGAAUUGAAACAAUUAAUGGAGGAUGACUCGCCUUGUCAAAUUGGAGCCAAUGUGGAUACCCCGCAAGGCAAGACAAAUAUCCUACUUCAAGCAUUCAUUUCGCAAGCAAAUAUAAGAGAAUCAGCAUUGAUUUCUGACUCCAAUUAUGUUGCUCAAAACUCAGCAAGAAUAUGUCGUUCUUUGUUCUUGAUUGCCAUGAAUAGAAGGUGGAGUAAAUUGAUGAAUAUAAUGUUGUCCUUGUGCAAGUCCAUUGAUCGACGUAUAUGGUCGUUUGAGCAUCCGAUGAUGCAGUUUGACUUACCUGAACCGGUUUUGAGAAAUAUCCGAUCAAAGAAUCCAUCCAUGGAAAUGCUUCGAGAUAUGGAGCCAGCUGAAUUGGGUGAUAUGGUGCAUAAUAGACUGAUGGGAAAUACAUUGUACAAGCUUGUGGGCAAGUUUCCUUAUAUUGAGCUUGAUUCGGAAAUUUUUCCCAUCACAACAAAUGUCAUGAGGAUUCAUAUUGUACUUCAACCGGAUUUCGUAUGGGAUGAUAAGAUUCAUGGGCAAGCACAGUACUUUUGGCUAAGUGUUGAAGAGUCAGAUAGUUUCAAUGUUCUUCAUGUGGAAAAAUUCAUUUUGCACAAAAGGCAGUUGAAUAAUCCUCAUGAAAUGGACUUUAUGAUUCCGUUGUCGGAUCCGUUACCCCCACAAGUUAUUAUCAGAAUCGUAUCCGAUUCAUGGAUUGGUUCUGAGACAAUCCAUCCAGUCUCAUUCCAGCAUUUGAUCAGACCUCAAAAUGAAACGAUGAAGACUGAACUUUUACGAUUACAACCUUUGCCAGUUACUGCAUUAAAGAAUCCAGAAAUUGAAAAGAUUUACUCUCCCAAAUUCAAAUAUUUCAAUCCAAUGCAAACAAUGGUUUUUCAUACCUUGUACAAUACGAACGAAAGUGCUUUUGUGGGUUCACCUACGGGGUCGGGAAAGACAUUAGUGGCAGAAUUGGCCAUUUGGCACGCAUUCAAUGAAUUUCCUUCUUCCAAGGUGGUUUACAUCGCUCCCAUGAAGGCUUUGGUUCGUGAAAGAGUUGAUGAUUGGAGAGCAAGAAUUUCAAAGAAUAGUACACAUAAAUUGGUAGAAUUGACUGGUGAUUCUUUACCUAGUGUCGAUGAAGUCAAGGAAGCAGACAUAAUUAUAACAACGCCGGAAAAAUUCGAUGGUAUUUCACGUAAUUGGCAAACAAGAACGUUUGUUCAAAAAGUGUCGCUCGUCAUUAUGGAUGAAAUACAUCUUUUAGCAAGUGAUCGUGGUCCUAUUUUGGAAAUGAUUGUAAGUCGUGUCAAUUAUAUCUCAUCUCAAACCAAGCAGCCAAUUAGGCUACUUGGAAUGUCAACUGCGGUCUCAAACGCUUUUGAUAUGGCUGGUUGGUUAGGUGUCAGAAAUGGACUUUUCAAUUUCCCACAAUCGGUGCGUCCAGUUCCGCUACAAAUGUAUAUUGAUGGUUUCCCCGAUAAUUUGGCGUUUUGUCCCUUAAUGAAGACGAUGAAUAAGCCAGCAUUUUUAGCAAUUAAGCAGCACUCUCCUGAGAAACCCGUAUUGAUCUUUGUUGCAUCUCGUCGUCAAACAAGAUUGACCGCAUUGGAUUUGAUUCACCUAUGUGGGAUGGAAUCUAACCCUAGAAGGUUCUUGAACAUGUCAGAUUUCGAAUUGGAAGAUGUAUUGGAGAAAGUCAAAGAUGAAACUUUGAAACUUUCAUUACAAUUUGGAAUGGGGUUGCAUCAUGCUGGUUUAGUUGAAUCUGAUCGUCAAAUUUCACACAAAUUGUUUGAAUCGGGAAAGAUCCAAAUUUUGAUUGCCACUUCUACUUUGGCAUGGGGUGUCAAUUUACCAGCGCAUCUUGUCAUUGUCAAGGGUACUCAAUUCUUUGAUGCCAAAAUCGAAGGAUAUAGAGAUAUGGACUUGACGGAUAUUCUCCAAAUGAUGGGACGUGCAGGAAGACCGGCUUUUGACACAAGUGGUACUGCCAUAGUAUACACCAAGGAAUCGAAAAAGAUAUUCUACAAACAUUUUUUGAAUUUGGGAUUCCCCGUUGAAUCAUCGUUACAUAAAGUGUUGGAUAACCAUAUUGGUGCCGAGAUUUCUGCAGGGACAAUAAAAACAAGGCAAGAAGCAAUGGAUUUCUUGACCUGGACUUUUCUAUACAGAAGAGCUCAUAACAAUCCUACAUAUUAUGGGAUUGAGGAUGUUUCGCAGUACGGUAUUUCACAGUAUUUGGCAGGUCUUAUUGACAAAAGCAUUGACAGUUUGGUGAAAUCCAAGUGUGUUUACACCGGUGGCACUGAGGAUUUACACCCAACCUCAUUUUUGCAUAUUUCGUCGUAUUAUUAUCUUUCCCAUUUGACAAUGCGUAACUUUGUCAACAAGAUCAAACCAGAAUUUAGUUUUAGAGAUGCUUUGAAGUUGUUGUGUGAAGCUACUGAAUAUGAUGAAUUGGCAACACGACAUGGUGAAGAAUUGAUCAAUAUGGAGCUAUCGCUUGCCAUGAGAUACCCUGCUGAAGAUCUUGAACGUGAAUUUAUUUGGGACCCUCAUGUCAAGGCAUAUUUGUUGUUGCAGGCGUUCAUGAGUAGGGAUGAGUUGCCAAUUGCUGAUUAUAGUCAGGAUACUGUGUCAAUAUUGGACCAGGCAUUGCGUAUAUUGCAAGCUUAUAUCGACGCAGCUGCUGAAAUGGGAUUCUUGAAAGCUGUAUUGACAUUUGUUCAAUUGAUGCAGUGUAUAAAACAGAGAUGCUGGUACGAUGAUGAUCCAGUGAGUACAUUGCCUGGAUUGAGUCUUACCGUAAAAGACCCUGAAGUAGAGAACGGUGUCACUUUGAAGAAACUUGGGUCAAUGAACAAAGGUCACUUGUUCCAAACCGCAGAGAAGCUUGGUGUUUGUAAAGAAAAGACGGAUGCGAGAACAUUAGCAGCUACAAAUGAAGAAGCCAGAAAACAAUUUGUCAAUGUGGCAUCGCAUUUACCAACAGGAGAUCUUCAGUUCAAGCAAACUGAGCCAGCACUUGCUCGAGUGAUGUUAGUUCAUAACAAUCACCCACUUACUGAUCAAUUCAAAGUCUAUUGUCCCUAUUUCCCCAAACCACAAAGAGAAUCUUGGUUUGUCAUUAUUCACGAUGAUAAGGAAUUGCUUUUGUUGAAGAGAGCUUCUCCAAGACUUAAACUGAAAAAGGGGGUGGUUUCUUGUGAAGUGGAAAUACCAGACGACUUGUUUGGCAAGAGUGUGACUAUAUCCUGUGUGAAUGAUGCAAUGGAUAUCGAAUACGAUAUAAAGACGGUCCUUUUAUAG